AUGAGCGACAUUAGGGUUUUUGUCACGUUCCCCGAAACGUCAACCGUCUUUGCUGGGGAGAAGCUCGAGUGCAAAAUCACCUUUAAGAACGUCUCGUCAGUGCCCGGAUCUAGCCGAGGGGGAGGAGGAGGAGGAGCAGCUCCACCGCUACAUCUACAGAAGCCGACAGGAAACGUCUAUGGCCUCCCAGCAACGAAUGGAAGCUUGGUAGCACCUGGAGGAGGAGGAGCUGGAGUAGGAGCAGCGGUAGUAGGUGGACGUCCGAGUAGCAGAGCUGGGACAUCACAACUUCCGGCAACAACGGCGCGCUCGGGUGCCGUGAGUCCGAGGAUUCCUGCAGGGACCGGCCGGCCGACUUCGGCGCACAAACCGUCGCUUUCGCUGAGCGUACCCGCGGGUAAGGUUCCGCCUACAUCUCCGGUGUCUGCUUCGACUACCAAUGGCGGGAUUGGGCAUAAGCACAAGAGAUCGAUAUCCAUAGUUUCGAUAGGGUCCGAGGCUGGGGGGCUGGAAACCGGAGGUCGCGAAGAUUCGAGAUCACCAAAUACGCAGGGGAGGGCGAGGAGUCAUGGGAGAUCUGCUUCGCUGCACACAUUGCCUAGAAGAUCACCCAUGCUGAAUGGGUUUACCCCAACCUCAGCUAUAUCCCCUCAAUCACCAUUCCGACCCUCCCAGUCUAGCACUCCCAUAGCAGAAGCACAAACGCCGGGCGCCUUUUCCUUUGCUCCCCGGACACCUAUUACACCUACAACACCUAAAACACCUGGCGGCUUCAAACCUACACAUUCGCAAUCGAAAUCAAUACACAAGGCCUACAAGUUCCCACCCGGCCCGACCCCACUCCUCAUCACUACGGAAAGCUUGUCAUCGGAUGAGUCCACCUCAGAAAGCCAGCCGCAACCUGUGCGGAAGGUUUCACAUAUCGCUCUCCGGAGCCCUACGGACGACACAGAUCCUGACCGUGCACAGAGCCGAGUGAUAUCUGCGCACAGUGUGGGCGGUGAAACACCGCGAUCAAGCGGGGAAUUCUAUUCAAUGUCGAAUAGCACGACAGAGACGCUAGUCUCGGAAUAUGACCCCCGGGCAGCGGUGCGCACCGUUAAGCAGACGCAUAGUAGGCGGCAUAGUUUAUUGGCCAUUGGCCCGCGAUCAUCGGAAUCGCUGAUGAUGGGCUAUGCACAGGUAUCUGGGACAUUCACGUUGGAUGGGUCGCUAAUACAGACCAGCAUAUUCGAUGAUGUAAAACGACGGGGAGUGGUUGGGCAAAUGGGAGGUGGAGUAAUAGGGCUGGAAACCAAUAAGAGUGAUGGUGGAUUCUUGAGUGGGUUUGGAUGGAGCAGUUUUGGCGGCGGGUUCGGUGGGCUUCUAGGAGGCAAUAAUAUGAGCUCCAUCGCCGAGAUGAAAACAAUAGCCAGCUCAAAAUCGAUUCCCAUACUGUCAACACCACAAUCUAUCCUCUUUGUCGAUUUGCGGUUGGCAGCGGGCGAAAGUAGAACAUAUACGUACAGCUUUACCCUGCCAAAGGGGAUCCCACCUUCCCACCGGGGAAAGGCCAUUAAAGUGACCUAUAAUCUGGUGAUUGGAACACAGCGGCCCGGGAAGGGAGUUCAGCAACCGAAAGUCGUUGAGAUCCCUUUCCGGGUGAUUCCUCAUGUAGAACCGGGUGGCUAUUUACAUACUCACGACCUCAUGUCCCCCGUUAUUCUUCUCCGCGAUGAAGCCACUAUAUCUUGCGUCGAGGAGCAAAAAGCUCUAACACCCCCGGACCCAUCCGCCCCCAAGAAACCGGCCAAACAAGAAUCUUCACUAGAUGACUUCCUCUCAUAUGUUGAUAGACUACUAGCGCCUCAGGACUAUAAUAAUUUCCAAAACCCACUCGGUAUAUUAUCACCAUCGGUACCCAUGAUGUCAAAACGAAUGUCAAUGUGGGAGGAGAUGCCAAUAAGCUCCAAAGACGCAAUUGAAUUUGCGGUUCUGCGGGGUGCUGGAGGAUCUACGGAUGCCACACAAUUCGAGAUUGCGAGGAAUGGGAGAAAGGUGGCUAGCCUGACAUUGGCACGGCCAGCCUAUAAGCUUGGAGAGACCAUAACUGCUGUUAUCGAUUUCUCGAAAGCCAAGAUCCCCUGUUACCAUAUCAACGUAUCUCUUGAGACUUCCGAAACCGUGACCCCUUCUAUCGCCCUCCGCUCCCCAUCUAGCAUUCACCGCGCUACCCGCAAAAUCCACUCGCAACACUCUGAGUCAACCCUUUUCGCAAAGCGCGUUGUCUUCACACCCACAAUCCCCCCAAGCGCAACCCCCGAGUUUAGCACAUCCGGCGUAUCGAAUAACUGGACGCUCCGCCUCGAGUUCGUCACCCCAGUGCUCUCUGCGCGACUCAACCCCAACGGCGGGGAAGAGGCCGUGGCCGACGAUCUUCUGGAGCUGACCCACGCAGAUGAUCGCGGCGAGCUGUUUGAGGCCCGCCAAGGGCUGCUGGUCGAGAGCUUUGAUGCGAGUGUCCCUGUCAAGGUGUAUCCUAAUGCGGCGGAGGUGGCCUGCGGAGGCAGCGUGGGCACGCAGACAACCGCGGCCGCAAAGGUCGGGUAUGUUGUAUGA